CGCCCUGAGCUGCAUGGAUGCUUCACUUCAGCAUCUUCAGGCAGCGUGCACAGGACAGAAGACACAGAGCACAACAGCUACAGACAGCAAGCACUUCUGUUAGAGAUUCGUGUCUUCAGAUAAUAGCCUACGUGGGAGUGAUAAAAGCUACGAGAUCAUGGCGAACAGAGGCCCCACUUAUGGACUGAGCCGUGAGGUUCAGGAGAAAAUUGAGCAGAAGUACGAUCCUGAUCUGGAGAGUCGGCUGGUGGACUGGAUCGUUGCACAGUGUGGAGGCAACCUGGAGAGACCCCAGCCAGGGAAGCAGAACUUCCAGAACUGGCUCAUGGAUGGCACUAUCCUCUGUAGACUCAUUAAUAGUCUGUAUCCGCGGGGUAAGGAGCCCAUUAAGAAGAUCCAAGAAACUCAGAUGGCCUUUAAGCAGAUGGAAAAAAUAUCACAGUUCCUUCAAGCAGCUGAGGCCUACGGAGUCAUCACCACAGACAUCUUUCAGACUGUAGAUUUAUGGGAAGGAAAGGACAUGGCUGCUGUCCAACGAACUCUAAUGGCUCUGGGCAGUGUGGCCCUCACCAAGGAUGAUGGACAUUACCGUGGCAACCGAGACUGGUUCCACAGGAAAUCUCAGAGCAACCGGCGGGAGUUUUCUGAAGAACAGCUGCGGCAGGGUCAGAACCUGAUUGGCCUACAGAUGGGCAGCAACCGUGGGGCAUCCCAGGCUGGCAUGACUGGGUACGGCAUGCACCGCCAGAUCAUGUAAACCAGUCUCAAGGUUUAAGAAUCUGCCUCAAACACCCAGAAGACCUUAAUCUCAUUCAGCCCCAGCCCACACAGAGCAGAGUCCACUUCAGUCACCUCUAUGACCCUCAAAUGUUGGAGUCAGUGGUGGAGGUAGAGCACUUUUCACUGUCAGAGGCCAAGUCACAAAAUUCUAUGUCUAAAGUUAAUCAAUAAAUUAUUCGCAUGCUUAAUGUAUGCCAUUUAAUUUUCAUUUCAAUGUUUAAAUUGUUCUUUUUUACUACUUUAGUAUUUUAUUUAAUAUUUAUAUAUAUCAUUCCAGUAUUAAAUUUAAACAGCUGCCACUUUCUCUAUACACAGUCAGUAUUAAAAAAAAUGUUAAUGUUUGUUGUAACAUAUACAUCAUACCUCUGUUUUGUUCUGUAUUUAUUACUGCAAUUACGAUGCUGUGCCAAUGUCCCAAUAAUGCAUUUAAAGAGUUAUGGGAAACCAAAACUGGAUAUACAAUAUGCGUU